AGGUUCCGCGGAGGGGGAGUUCUACCUCACCAGGCGCUAGUCAGACAGCUAUGGAGGAGAAGCCCUGCGUUUCCAUAGCAACAAACUAAAGGGGACGUGCGGGUGCUACUGUGAGCUGGUUAUUUCAUAAUUGAAAAUUACUUGAAUAAAUGAAUAGUAAACCACUCACCAUGUCCCUCAAUCAAAUGCCUGUUCCUGGGCCACCAUCUGCAUCCAAACCAGAGGGCAGAAAAAUGAAAAGUAGUUUAUCUCUGGUACCUGUCAGCAGUAGAAGUGCAGAGCUCCCUCAGCUAAGAAACAAAUCAAGUAUGCUGGACUGUUCAGGGCCUCUUCCUACUUCCCUACAGUGCGAUUUCAUCCCAAAAGAGAUCCUUCUAGCUCUGACUUCUGCUGCCAGUAGUGCCUAUAGCCCUGAAUACUUAAGACCCCUCAAGAAAAACAAAAGUGCAAAAGACUUCAAGGGGAGCACACGUGUCCCAGAUGGGCUCUGGCAACAUCCCAUUCGCCGGAACAAGUUCAAAUACCUCAUAGACCAUCCCAUCUGUUUGACGGGAGCUGGAAGGGAUGUCUCAUUUCUAUAUGACAUAGCUGGAAAAGAAGAUGGACAAAAGGUGUCUCCAGCAAGCCCUUUAGCUGAACCACAUCAUUAUGAUUCAUCCAUGACUAGUGCUACAAGUGUAGCAGAUAGCCUUGUCCCUGAAGAAUUUCACAUUGUGAAGAACAAAGGAGUCCUGGGCUUGGAGUAUUAUGAUGAUAAAUACACAACUCUACUUGAAGAUAGUGAAAAUAGACUGCGGCUAUUCCCAUCCAUGAAACCAUCUGGGAGAUUAGAGGUCAUCCAGCUGAUGAAGGUGAUGGACACCAUGCUGGAGAAGGCUGGAGUAGAUGAUGAGCAAAUUGGGAUAACAGGACCUUCACAGUUGCACAAUGUAUUGGAGGUGCUGAAGACAGAGCAGAACAUUUACAACAUAGUGUUCCAUGAGCUGAUUCGACAGGUCAGUGUGGAUUGUGCAGAGAGAGGAGAACUGCUUUCUAAGCUUAGGCAGAGGUAUGUGAAUCUGCUGGAUCGAAUCCCCCAACAGAUGAGAAACCUUUACAAAGAAAUGAUGGCACAACGAGUAAUGGACAGGCACAUUACAGAAGAGUUAUACAACUUCAAGGAAUCUGUUGGACAGCUGACCAGUGAGCUAUGUGAGGUCCGAGAACAUGACUUCAGGGUGACGAGAGAAGCAGAACGGGCCCAUGAGGAGCUGGCUGAUGCAGUGCGGGAUGCUGAGCUGAAUGCAAAUCUUGUGGAAGAAUAUCGUGAGUUGUAUGAGUUACAAAGAGCGAGGCUUGAGACCCAGCUGCUCCAGUUAACCCAAGAGAAAGAAAUCUGGAGCUCAGCUACAUAUGACCUGGCAAUGAAGGUGAUCGAAAGAAACCAGCUCACGUUGUCUCGCAAGCUCUAUGUUAGUGAAAAGGCAUGGACCAAAGUCAUCAAACACUUCAUAGUGCUUCUGGCAUCACAGGACACAGCAGACCUUUCCGAUUUGCAGGAGAUGACUGAGCAGUUCAGGGAGCUGUUGAACCGCAUUGGAGUUGAAGUGGAACAUGCUGAAAACUCCAGCAGGGAGAAGUUGCGAAUGGUUCAGAAUGGCCUCACCAAGUGGAUGCAGUACUUCCAGGACAAUGUUUUCAGGAAAGCAAGCUUCUCUAAUAUGAAGGGAGAAGUAUUGGAGGAAAUCCUGCAGGACUUCAAGAACUUGGAAAAUAUGUUAAAUGAGGACCUGGAGCAAUAUGGAGGGGAAGUUCUAUUAAUGAAGACGGAGACCCUCAAGACUGCUGCCAACCUGCAGAAACGUUGGACAGAACUGGGACAAACAGUGCUUAGUCGUCACAAGGACAUUAAUGGGGUGUUGCCUCCAGAGCUCAGAGCCAUGGAAGAAAUAAAUAAACAUGCAGAUGAGCUUUGCCAACAGUACAGCGUAAGAAUAAAUGGGGAGAAUGGGGUAACCAGGAUUUUGACAGGUUUAGUGAGCAGUAUGGAAGAUUGGACAUUCAAGAUGCUAACCAACAAGCGAGGAUCUGUCAUGCAUGAAUCUGAUUGGCUGAAAUUGUUUCGAGUGAUUCCUGAUUGGCUGACCCAGGUGGCUGCACUGAUGACAGUUAUAGGUUCCGGCCAGUCUCAUGAGGAUCGGAGCAAUAGAAAGCCUCAUGUCUCGGUCCUUUCAGGUGAUGUGUUUAAGAUGAUUCAACAAUGGGUCUUGACCACAACUUCUGGGGCUGAGAAGGACAACAUACAGCUUACACAGGAAAUGAUUGAUCUCCACAAAGCCCUGACCAUGUGGAUAGUGAAUUUGCUGACUUUGAUGGUACCUGACCACUCCUCCAAUAAAGGUCUCCUAGAGAAUGAGUCAGAAGCUGCUAAGGAUCAAGAGCUCAAGAGGCUAAGGGCCUAUAAACUAGAGGAAGAAGCUAUGAACCUGGUUCCCAAACUGAGCAGAUUCUCCAGCUAUGUAAUGAGCUGCUGCAAGGAGUUGGUAGAUGUUAUAGUUCGGAAGAAACAAGCUGAAUUGGAUUCAGACCACAAUUAUGAGCUGCGGGAGCUGGAGAAAAUCAAGACCGAGUGCCUUGAUUGGAUUAAUACCUGCAAUCUCCUGCUUUCUGAAUUCAAAGGCUCUCCAGUCUCCUUACUGAGUUUAGAAGAGCAGAGGAACCUGUUUGGGCCUCAGGAGACCCAGCCACAGAUGCACUCAAUUGUUGUGGAUUCUUUACCUGAAGAAUUUUCUGAGACUUCUUCUGAACUUGGGAAAAACAAAACUGAAGAUGUUGAUGCUGAUAAGAAAUCUGAGAAAGGGGAAGAAGUGUUAGAGGAAAAGCAGGAGCCACCUGCACCAGAUGUCAGCAGUGAGGUCCCAACUGUAAGCAGUGAGGUAACUGAGGACACCAUCAGGUACCUAGGACAUGACUCCAACAUCCAUUUGAAAUCCCUCAAGUCAACAGCGGUGUCGGUCUCUGGGGGAGAGAUGACUGCCAGCAAGUCAACAACCCCGUAUUCUCAAAAGGAGUUUGAGACCUUGGCUUCACUAGAACGUCUGCAAGAGCAGCUCCUAGAAGCCGAGAUCCGUGCUCAGAAUGCAGAGGAGAGAUCAGAAAGCCUGAAUGAGCAUCUGGAAGAAGCUCUGGGGAGAAUCCAGGAUCUAGAGAAACAGCUGGAAAAAGCACUCAAAGCCCAGGAAGUAGCACCAAAACCAGAAGUCCCUUCCCAAGAAGAAUCCAAACCAACUUCUCAUAAACCAUCUGCUACUGCCCGGUCCAAGAAAGCCAGCAGACCCAAACAUUAAAGAGCAGCAAUGCCCAGUGAAGGUCGUUUGGUUCCCAUUUGUAGUAGACUUUCAGCAUAACACUGCCCAUCUCUGAGGCUUCAGAUACACUUUAAUUUCAAGUUCUUUAGUAUAGCAAAUUGACUGGAACACCCACUAAUGCACCCUCCCAAGGAGAGCUUUAGACAAAGCACUGGAGAGGAUCUUUUCUAGGUUUAUAAAUUAUCUGAAAACCCCAUGCUGGGUAACGCAGUAUUUUAGUGUAGUUUCCGGUCAUAACUGGAGACUGGACUAGAACAGAACUUGUAGAAAAGGCUUUCAGGCCUUCUCAAUGUAGCUGUUAGUAGAGUCUUUAAGAGAUCAGGUCAUAAACUUAUCCCAGGCUAGCUGUACUACCACAGUUGGAACUUUGGGAUUAGUUGUCCAGAUCUCAGAUCCAUUCAUAAGUGCUCAGCUUGUGAACAUAAAUCUUGGGAUGGUUUCUUCCAGGUAUGGAAACAAAGGGAGGCUCCUGGACCAGGUCUUUCUCAGAGUGGGACACAGAAUACUUUCUAAGUACUUAGAGGGGAAGUUUCCAACUAAUUUAUACAAGCGCAGUGUAUAGAAAAAGAAAAAAAGUUCUGCUCAGUGUUGCUUGAGAAAUAAUUAAGGCAGCAGACUCAGAAUACCCCUUCUGAGAGCCAUUAUUUCCAUGGUUAUCAUCCUUUUACAAGAUGUUCAUGGCUUUUGAUAUGUUGGGAUGUCUGUUAACGUGGGUGGUGAAUUGGAGAGGAACAGCUCUGUCAGUUUGAUUGAGACUCUUAAGGAAACAACCCACAGGACUGCCCAGAAGGGUUAUAAAGACAACGCUGCCAGGACACAAAGGUGGAGCCCUGCUGACUAAUGGGGAGAGUCCUAAGUACUAAACCUCCAAGGCAAUGCAGAAUCACCAGGACAAGAAAAAGAGCUGAUGGCAGGGCAGCUCCUAACACUGUAAGGCAAUGACUGUGGAAAACGAAGAUGCAGCAGCUUGCACCUACAAAAAGGACUUUGGGGGUGGGGUGUGACAGGGAGUAGUAAAAUCGCCUACAGUCACAAAGUGUCCCCAGAGCAUCCAAACUAUAACGGGAGGCUGGGCCUGCAAAGAAAGUUUGAUUACUACAGCAAAUAUCAGUGACCUGCCCAGGACUUUGCCUUGAUUGGUUUUAUUGCCUGUUAUUGCCAGGGCUUCUCCGGGACUUUGCCCUGUUUUACCAUUUAUAUAUACACACAGCCCUACUCUCUGCUUUUCCAGGGCUUUGUAUAUGUAGAAAUGUUAAAGAUGCACCUCUGUUGCUCCAAUGAAAUGACCAAAUGUCUUAAUGACUUAUUAGCCAGUUAUUAGCCAGUAGAGACUAUUGCAACUUGAUUCUCAAGUUUACUGGGCCUGAGGAUCUCAUUUCAAAUCCCUGUGUUUGGCCUUAUCAUUAGCAUUUGCAUCAUUGCAUAAUAACUUAAGAACGGUCUGUUGCAGGUGCAAUAGCAAUUAAUAAGAAAAGAUGUCCAAUAACUAGGCUUGAUCAAGUUAUUAAUCAAAGAUUAAUACAGCAUAAUACAGAAAGAAAGAGUCCAUAUGUUACCAACCCCUUUGGAAGACAGCAAUGGGAGCGGUCACGCUGUCUCAAAAUUCUGUGCUUCCCCCUGCUGUGUUUCUACCUAACUGGGAAAAGUUCCAUCAGUUUCCUAGACCACUUUACCUAAUACACCUUUUUGUCUGUUUUCUUUUACUGUUUUUCACUGACAAUGAUGCUCAAUACAUUUUUACCCCAGGAUGCGGGUAGUAUGUUGUAAGUUUCAAGAUGGCAUAUAGUUUACAUUUUGACAGUUAUACAGACCCUGCACAUUACACAAAAACACAGAUGCAUGUACGCAAUAUUUUAGGCACAGUGUUUUAGAAAUUAACAAAUUUAAAGGUAUCUUAGGUUUUGCAUUCUCCAGCGCAGAUACAUAGCAGAAGACAGGAGUUCUUACAAAAGUCACAGCGUCUACAUAGCAUACAGUUUAUAGAAUUUAACAUGAAUAUAAAGGACUUCCGAUAUAACAUACUUAUUCACUGACUAUUUUUUUAUUUUGGUUACAUAAGACCCCUUUUCCAUUUAUACUUAUAGUUGCUAUAAUAACCAAUUCCUGUAUUUUAAUCAAUACUUUUUAACCUUUUACGUAUAAGAACUGAUUUCCCAAUACAUUCUAUCCUGACACACUGGUAGUUGAUAAGAAAGCAGUUUACAUUCCUGGUAAACAGUUCUGUGCCUCCAUCACUCCUUCAUUCCUUUCUCCUGGUGCCUCUGUCCACACUCCUCCCCACUCUCUUCCUGUGCCUUCAGCGCUCUCCCCAGGCACAUCUACUGCUCUUUCCAGUACUCCUGCCUGUGCUGCUGCUGUUCUUCCCAUCCUCCCCUCCCUUGCAGCUCUGCCUCUCCUUCUCCAAGUGCUCCACCACUCUUUCCCGUGCUUGUUCCUGUGUCUUCGCUCCUUUCUGUGCUCCUGCCUGCACCUUCAGUGCUCCCCCUGCCUGCAGUGUGUGUGUGCUUGGUUAGGGCUGAUGUACAAUGUGUUUCCUGACCUAUUAACUUGAUGGUGUCUGACUGAGGUUGGUUGUGUUGUUUUCAUGGUGAUCCUCAGAGUCCCUCCUCUCAGGUAUUUAAAGAACAGCCCUAAAAACAUGCCAGGUGUGUAACUCACUCCAGAGAGUCUGUCUAGAGGGAACAUUCUGUACAGAGUUUGAAACUCAGCAGGAGAAACAUCUGGGGAAAAACAAACUAUUUAGCUUGAUCAACACCUUUCUGGGUCCCAGGCUGGGAGGUGGGGCCCGAUGAGCUGCCUCCGUUCAAUAACCUGAACUAGCCAGGAGGGGCUCUCCACUCAGCUCAUGUUCUUCAGUGGAGACUGACUGAGGCUGGUGCCAAAUUUUCCAAAGCCAGUUUCUCCCUUCCCACCUGCUCAGACAUUUGGCUGAGAAUUUCCUUAGUCUUAGAAUACCAGUUAAUACCUCUAAAGAUGGAGGGUGAAGUAUGGAAACAGGAGGAUAAGGGAUUCUGGAGGCAGGUAGGGAAGGAAUCCCAAAGUGGAUGCAGCAGCCAGAAAGUUGGCUGCAAAGUGGAAGGAGAGGGAGGAGGGGUGGAGGCCCAGGAUGGCACUAGCAGCUCAGGGCUUUGGCCUGAUCACUUCACUGGCAAUAAGGAUCCUUAUCCAUAACCCUUUAUGUGCUAGUCCAUCUCCAUUAUGCUGAUGCAUUAUAGUGAUCCAUCACUAUCAGGAAACUUACCCCAGCAGCACAUGGUCUCCUUUUACAGUAGUCAGCAGCAAGCAAGGGCUAAGUGAAAAGAGAUGUACAAAUACAAUAGCCAGAGGGUGCAGGGAGCGAAUGGCCUAGAUGCCACUGGCUGGGACUAUCCAUCCUGAAACAUUACUGAGUGUGCAUUUGUCGAGGGGAGGGAUCACAAGGCACUCUCCAGCUCAACACUGAUGGGCAGUGAACUACCUCCACACACCAGAGCAAUUUGGCUGGGUUGGAAAUUUGCUGUAAUUAUAAUAAUUAUUUUUAAUAAUAUCCAGCUCUUAUAUAGCUCUUCCCAGCCAUAGAUCUCAAAGCACUUUAUGGAGGAGGUUGGUAUUAUCCCCAGGUCACAGAUGGGGAAACUGAGCCACAGAGAGGGGAAGAGACUUGCCCAAGAUCACCCAGCAUGUAAGUGACAGAGCCCCAAAUAGGAUCCAGGUCUCCUGAGUCCCAGUCCAGUGCCCUAUCAGUUAGGCUGCACUGCCUCCAGGAGGAGUACUCAAAGGUAGGUGAGAGGGGCAGUGUCAGAGUUGUGGUGAGUCCCAGACCUGGGGGACAGAUGGUCAGGAAUACAGUGCAGUACUAGGGCUGUACAGGAUUUGCUAGAACAUGCUGCAUACUUUUGCUAUGCGGAAAGGUCUAUCAAAUUGAAUAGGGAGCUACAGAUAUUUGAAGAGCCUUCUGGAGAGAUGACGCUUAGUUCUGUUGGGGUUUUUUGAGCAUUCUACCUAUUCUGUGGACCAUCUGACAGAACUGAAUAGCGAAUCAUCACAUAGGACGUAUAGGGAAGUUGAAGAAAGCUAUAGAAAUGUUGCUGUUAUCUAUAAAACUCAUGACAGUUAUUAGCUCCCUGCUUUCACCAUCUCAGGGGAAGUACAUCGGCAUUUGUAGUUUAUCCCCUUAGUUUGCCUUUAGUCUCCUAAUAAGAUCCCAUCUCUCUUACCAUG